UUGGGGGAUAAAUAAAGUGGACAGAGCACAGUGUGGUGAACAGAGAACUUCCGGUAACCUUCCAGAUGUGUCGCACCAGGACGGACGGACGGACCGGACCGUGACAGGGCGGCGCUAGGACCCGUCGGACGCGGAGCCUCCUCUUUGUCUCCACCAGUCGGAGCCUCCUCUUCCUCCUCCUCCUCUUCCUCCUCCUCCUCUUCCUCCUCAUUCCGUGUCUGUCUCCAGCAGCAGCGGUCUGAUGCUCGCAGGGAAUCAUGGCUGUGAAUCUCGCUAAGAACAGACUCUCCCUGCUGACCGCCUACCAGGACGUCAUCGACGAGACCUCGGACACCGACUGGGCCUUGUACACAUAUGAGGAUGAGACUAAUGACUUGACGCUGUCAUCAUCCGGAGGAGGCGGUUUGCCGGAGAUCACGCUGACCUUUGACAACGGCAGGGUGAUGUACGGCUUCUGCAGCCUGAAGGAUCCCACCGCCGCUCUGCCACGAUACAUCCUCAUCAACUGGGUGAGUCACAGAACCGCACACGCCGACACGCCUCCACCGUCGUUAAAGCGGAACAUCGGCGUCUUUAAGGGUCACGGCACAUCUUUAAAUUAGCACUUUGUCCGACAAGGACGCGGGCUGAGUCCAGAUCUGCAGCCUCAGCAGCACGAAGAACAACAGUGUGACCCCGACGUCACUACGAACGGAAACUGCUGCAGCAGGUUUGACUUUGGUGCCACCUGCAGGUCGUGUAGUUUAGUUGCUUAAAUUGCGCAAUAAAAUUUCUUUAAAAAGAAAAUUCUGUGGAAUUCCAUGCAUCUGGUGCAACAUCAAACCAGUUACACAUUUAAAAGAGUCUGUACAGUAUCAACAGUUCUUAUGUGUAUUUCUUGUUUAUUAUUAUUUUUCUGGUGUUUUCUAUGUUUUUUUUCUCUUUAUCCGUUGCUGAUGUAACGCUACGCUACAAACACCACAGAUUAACCCGCCGUGGGAUCAAUAAAGGAUUAUCUUAUC